AUGUCAACUAUCAGAACAGAACUGCAGCAGCAGGAACCGUUAGACUUGAUCAGAUUCCAGUUGGACGAGUUUGUGCUUGUCAAGUUGAGAGGAGCUCGUGAAAUGAAAGGAAGACUUCAGGGCUACGAUUCCCAUUGCAACAUGGUGUUGAGCGAAGCCGAAGAGUAUAUUUAUUCUGCUGGAGACGAAGAGACUGUAGUUAAGAAAACAGAGAUGGUUUUUGUCAGAGGAGACUCGGUCAUCUUGAUAAGUCCUAUUUCUGAAUGA